AUGUCCUACGAUAGGUAUGUGGCUGUUUGUAGGCCUUUACAGUAUCCAACUCUUAUGAGGAGCAAAAUCUGCCACAUCAUAUCAAUAACUGCCUGGUUCUGGUCUUCUGUGCAGGCUUUGAACUGUUCCCUUUAUGUCCUGCCUCUUCCCUAUUGCAAGUCCAAUGUGAUUAGCCAUAUUGCUUGUGAGUAUACAGCCCUCAUACAGUUGUCUUGUUCUGAUAAUUCUGCAUUCGAAAGAUCGGUAUAUCUCGGGACUUUCCUGGUCUUUCUCAUCCCUGUCUCAGUCAUCCUUGCUUCCUACCUGGCCAUUCUCCUGCAAGUCCUGAAGUCGCGUUCCUCUGAAAGGAGCCACAAAGCCUUGGGCACUUGCUUAUCCCACUUGUGCGUGGUGGGUCUCUUCUAUGGAGCAGCCAUUUUGACUUACAUGACACCCAUUUCAUCCUAUUCAGCACAAAAGGCCAUGAUCAAUUCUCUUUUUACUACCAUCAUUCCUGCCACAAUGAAUCCUUUCAUCUACAGCCUGAGGAAUCAGGAUGUCUUGGCAGCCCUGAGGAAAUUCUUUACAAAAU